GACUCGACUACUUCAUCUUUGGAAGUCACUGCGGAAGCACAGGUUGUGCAUGAAGUGAUUAAAUAUGAUGCAAUUACACUUUCACCUGAUGCAGUUAAAAACACGCCCAUAUUUCUACGUUAUCUAACAGACAAAAUGCACAGCAGUGUACCAGGUAGUCUUGUUAUCUGGUAUGACAGUGUGCUUGAAGAUGGAAAACUAAAAUGGCAAAAUGAGCUCAAUAACCAGAACAGGGUGUUUUUUAAUGCUUGUGAUGGUAUGUUUACCAACUAUAACUGGAAGGAAGAACAUCUUCAGCGUAUGGUGGCUAUAGCAGAAGACCGGCUAGUAGAUGUCUAUGUGGGUGUGGAUGUAUUUGCUCGUAGUGAGGUUGUUGGAGGCAAAUUUGAGACGAAUCUGUCUUUGCAGAUGAUCCGAAAAUAUGGCUUUUCUGCAGCUCUCUUUGCCCCUGGCUGGGUUUUUGAAUGCCUUCCUACAAAUGAAUUCCAUCAGAAUCAAAACAAGUUCUGGAAUCUUCUUUGUGAUUACUUGCCCACGCACAGUGUCUCCAUGUUACCCUUCACCACUUCAUUUUGCCAGGGCUUUGGAAAACGUCUUUUCUUCAGGGGAAAGGAAGUGCAUGCAGGGAACUGGUUUAAUCUGAAUGCUCAGGAAAUGCAGCCUCUGUUUGUGGAUCAGAAAUUGGCAGGAGCAGGAGGCAGCUGGGUGAGAACUCGUGGCUGCUCAGAAGAUGCCUGGAAUGGUGGCUGCUGUUUACUCAUUGAGGGUGCCCUUGUUUCAGAAAAGCCAAAUGUCUCUGUAAGACUAUUGUCUCUGUUAGCUCAGGCUUCUCCAAGACUCUUUAUAUCCUUCAUUUAUAAGCAAGACUGUAGUGACAGAGUGCGGCUAGCCUUGGAAGUGACGACCACAAACAGCUGUUCCUGUGAAAAUAGUCAGAUAACCACACCACAAGACCACAGGAAAGGUACGAUUCCUCACCUACUGCCAGAGACAGAUAAUUUAGUUUCUCAAUUCAAGAAGCAGUGUGACACUCAGCCAGUGGAGGGAUGGACAAUCAAUUGUUACCUCCUGGAGUUGCAGGAAAGCUUCCUUGAGAAUGUUUUUGUCAAUAUCUCUCGCCUCCCUGAUGCUGAUGCAAAGUACAAGGAGAAGGAAGAACCAUUUGCAUUUCGAGUGGGAGAAAUAAGGAUUCUGGAUGUAAACAGUCUUUUUGCUGCCCCUGUUCAAGUACAGAAUCUGACCAUGUGCAACACUCUUUGGCGAAGAGGCUUCAACGACUGCAAAAAAAGGGAAAACCAGCUCUACCUCAGUACCACUCUGCGAUGGUUCUAUCCACCUAACACCGCAGUUAAUUUCCGAAUCUUCUGUAAGGGAAUGGAGCACCAUCAGUCUGUGACCAUUGCAGAAUCAGAAAAGAUGGUGCUGAUUGGACGAGCAUAUAACAGAGUUUACCGUGUUGUGGAUAUUCCUAUUCCUGAUCCCCCUGUUGGUACAUCAGGCCAAGUAGAGUUUUUAGUGCAGCCAAUUACAAAGGAAGGCUUUGUGGGGCAGAGUUCAAACUGCUCUAGAUUGGUUGUCAACUAUUUAGAAAAACAGUGAAUCCUAGUAUUAUUUCUUCAUUGUAAUGCUGUCAGGGUGACUGGGUGACAAAUAUUAUGUUACCUUCUACCUUUUUCUACAUUUGUAGCACAGUCCUCUGUGUGUAAGGAGCAAAAUGUAGGUCUUAUUUGCUAUCCUUAGAAAGGAAGGUAGGUUACACUUUUCAUUUAAUACAGACUUCUGUUUCUUGUUGGCAGGGUCCAUAUAGAUGAGCUCUAUAUCCCAGUAAGCCACUCACCACUUACCUGAAUGUCGCCCUCAUUUCUUCUGUCCUCCAUAUGAAUUACCUUUCCUCUCAAUGUGGUGUGUAUAUAGCAAGGCCCUGUCACUCUCUAAAUUUCAUAGCCGUAGGGCAAUUCUAACAAGACUGGCUGGUCUGAAAAGGUUAUUGCAUAUCUAUCCCUCAACUGUGCUUGCCAUUUCCUCCUGUUCCUUCCCUUGCAUGAGUGCUGAUGUCUAAGACCAUCAUAAUAUAUUUUUUCUUUUCCUUUCCCAGGGCGAACAAAGACAUGCAUUGCCCUUGCUACAUGUUUUCCUCUCUUCCAGUUCCAGCAUAUUCCCAGAUGUGCAGUAACAUCAUUACACACACUUGUGUUUCUUUCUUAGCUAUCCAUAGAUAUGCACCAACAUCAUUGAAUCAUUUGUGUCCCUUCUUGAGAUGUGAAAUGUGACAAAGUGCCUGUAAAACAAUGUCCCAGCCUCUCCUACCAGUGAAAAGUGCUAAGCUGGUAACAUUUAUCUCCCACCACAUACACAGACACACACACAUAUAUUUUAUAAAGGAGGAGUUUGUGAAGCAGUUACUUAUUCCCAAACAACAGUGUUGAUACGUAUUCUACAUCAGUACUGCUGAGCAGACCAGUGUUCUGGUAUGACAUGGAGAUUUUAGGAUAGAGCUCGCUGUGGUAAUAUAACAAAGAUUAAUAAAGUCACAUGGUCAUGAAAACUUUUUCUAGCAAGGCUUCAUUUGAAUCCCAUAGUAUGCAUCAAUGUAUACUAUGUGAAUCUGAGCAAGUUAUUUAACUGGACCAAGGUUUCAAGUUUCAUCUUAAAAGGACAUUUUCACUCAAACUAAACAUGUUUCAUUAAUUGUUGAUCUUUUAUGCACUAACAUCCCCCUCUACAUCAUUCUAGGUAGUUAGUAUCAUGUUAUAAUUUGUUUUGUCCACAGUGACCUUAUGGGGGCUGUCUUGCGAAUGUGUGUAUUUUUUUUUUAAUUAUGUUCAUCUUUCUCCUGGAGUGCACAUUGUUUCCUGUUAGUAUGACAAGAACUCAACACUGGUAUUUCAGGUACUGGGUCUCACCAUUUGCAUGUAGUGACUGCACUGUGCAUCACCUUCAUUUUAAAGUAUCUUUGUAGACUAUGACUAAUUAUGUUUCAUUGUUUAAGUUAACUGACAUUUUAAAUGUCCUUAAUGGUCCUUUUAAAUCUUCUUCCAAGCAAAGUAGAUAUCCUAAUUUGAAGUCUUUUGUAACUUCAAUAAAUUCCCAGCUGACAAUUUUAGCCGUUUAUGAUUAACAUUUUAGAUUUCCCAAACUUGGCCUGGCAUGCUUUCAAAGGCUUUCUAGUAUCCAGUCUGGACAAGUGGCCCAGAUAUGUGGGCAGAGAAAAACUGACACACAAAAUAACUUGAGAGUUCAAGUGUUAUGAGGCAUUGGCCUUUUUAUUGUGACCUGUGAUUGUAAGCUUAUCAACUAAGAGGCAAGCAGUGUUUUUUCAGUCUUCUGGUAAAUAAAACUGUUAAUAGUAGGAACAUUGUCUUUGGUGAAUUAAAAGGAAUGGAAGGGUGGAGUUGUCCUUUUUGAAGAGGCACUUGGGCCUGACUGGUCACUGCUGGAUUAAAAAAAUAAUGACAUGCUGUAACUUACUGGUACAUGCUGUAACUUACUGGUACUUUAAAGCAAAGUUAAAGUGCAGACAGGUUUAAGCCCUGUUUUUCAGCAAGGAAACAAAGUCAGGAGUAAAGUGAUAAAAAUUCAGGUAAUGAUUGUUUGCCAAAUACUUCUUUCUGUCCCUAAAGAGUGGUAAUCCUUCAAAGAACUGGGUAGAUGGUAAAACGUCCAUUACCACUGAG